AUGUCUAAAGCACACCGGGAAGCUGGUAAAUACGCAUCUGUUCCAGCCUUCCUCGACAGAGCAGCGACGUCUCAAGCAGGACAGGCUGCCAGCGUGGCAGUCUCUGUUCCAGACUUCCUCGACAGAGCAGCGGCGUCUCGAGCAGCACGGGCCGACAAUGCAGCUCCAUCUGUCCCUACCUUCCUCAUCAGAGCAGUGACGUCUGGAGCAGCACAGGCCGCCAGUGUGGCCGCCUAUGUUCCUGCUUUCCUCGACAGACCAGCGACGUCUGGAGCAGCACUGGCCGCCAGUGUGGCCGCCUGUGUUCCUGCCUACCUCAACAGAGCACCAACGUCUGGAGCAGAAUGGGCCGCCAGUGCUGCCGCCUCUGUACCAGCCUUACUCGACACAACAGCGAUAUCUGUAGCAGCACGGACCGCUGGUGUGGCCGCAUCUGUUCCAACCUUCCUCGACAGACCAGCGAGGUCUGGAGCAGCAGGAGCCGCGGGUGUGGCCGCCUCUGUUUCAGCCUUCCUCGACAGAGCAGCGACGUAUGGAGCAGCACAGGCCGGUAGUGUGACUACAUCUGAUCCAGCCUUCCUCGUCAGAGCACUGACGUCUAGAGCAACAAUGCCGAUAGUGUGGCCGCCUCUGUUCCAGCCUCCCUCGACAGAGCAGCGAUUACUUGAGCCGCACGAGCCAGUAGUGUGGGCGCCUCUUUUCCAGCCAUUCCCGACACAGCAGCGACCCUUCCUCGAUAAAGCAGCCAUGUCUAAAGCACACCGGGAAGCCGGUGAAUACGCAUCUGUUCCAGCCUUCCUCGACAAAGCAGCGACGUCUCAGGCAGGACAGGCUGUCAGCGUGGCAAUCUCUGUUCCAGACUUCCUCGACAGAGCAACGACGUCUGGAGCACCACGAAAAGACGGUGAGGUCGCCUCUGUUCCAGCCUUCCUCAACUGA